AUGUGCAAUGCGCGCAACAGGGCUGCGUCCCCUGGGCGGAAGUCAAAGGUCAGGUGCAGUGGGGAUGCGUCCGGGUGCCCGCGUAGUCUAACCCUGGAGCAGCACAUCCGGCAACGCUGGAACGCCGAGGCGUCGAAACCGUUCGAGGCGCACCCGCUGGGCCAGCCGCCGGAAGUCCCGGAGGGCGUCCUGAGCGCCCUGAAAUGGAUGCGCGACUGUGCUGACUUUGAGGGUUGGGCAAUAGCGCAGGUGCGGUUGUGGCAACGCAUUGCGCGGCAGAUGGAGCCUGCACGAAUUAAGUGGCGCGCGGGGUUGGCGCCCGAUGUGGCGGCAGCGUUGCCGCCCCAAUACCGCGGCCCGCUGCGUCGUGAAAUGCUUCGCGCCUCGGGGCGCCAGGAUGCGCAGCUGCGCGACGACAUAGAGCGUGGCUUUCCCACGGCGAGGAUCCUGCCAGACCCCUUGCAAUUCGAGGCACUCUUGCCAGGGGUGCAACCCGCGGCGCAGGAACUCGAGCGCGCGCUAAGGCGAGCCGCGGAGCGGCAAGGUGACACUUUGCGGUCGCUCUUGGGCAAACCUCGCAGAGAGCCAGGCGCAGUGGAGGUCACGCAGCAGACGCUCGAGGUGGCCCGCGACGGGGAAAUGGCGGACCCCUGGCACGUAUACGCAGCUAGCGACGGAUCUCUCGUGUCACAGGUCCCCCUUGCCAAGUGGCCCCCCGCGCAACGUUUCCCUCGCAUUCGACGGCGCGAGGGGUCAAGCUUCGCAGCGCGCCCGAUCGAUGACUGCACGGCAUCGGGCCUCAACCCUGCAGCGGCGGCGGUAGAGAAGAUGCGCAUGGCAGGGUUGCUUGUGCUCUUAGACAUCUGCCAACUCAUUGCAAAGGGGUUCGCGGAUUGGCAAGACGAGGGCGCGCCGGUGCUAGCCAAGGGGGGCCAUGGAAAGGCGCGCCGCCAGUGGGCGGUGCGCCCCGAGCACCACUGUUUUGUAGUUUCACUUGUCUGGAGCGAGGACGUCGGUCCACAGGGGGGAUUUCUGGCUUUCGCGCGCAGAGCCUUUCCGUUUGGGGCGCUCGCGGCAGUCUGGGGAUAUGGGGGGGCCCCGGGCAACGUUUGCCAUGCGUUGCGACGCUUGUUUUCUGCGCCGCAGCUCCCGCGGGUAGACGACUUUACGCGCGCGGUGCCGCGGCGGCGCGCCGCGCUCGUGCAGUGGAUAUUUAAAGAGGUCCACGAAAUGCUCGGCAUACCUCUCAAAGCCGAGAAGAACCAAGGCCUUGCGGCGCGCUUGGACCUCCUGAGCAUGGAGAUCGCCGCCGCCAGUCUCUGGCCAGGUCUUCGUCUCACCCCCCAAGCGGAGGGCAGACCUCCAGACCGCGGUGGAUUCGGCGCCGCGGGCGAGGCAUCUUUCGGCGCGGGAGGCCUGGCGUUUAGGCUCGGUGAGGAGCAGCGCAACGCGCAAGCCGAAUUCCUCGCGGCGCUGAUGUUCCUGUCUAAGACGGUCGCGAAACAGCGAGAGGCCGCGGAGCUGGCGCAGCUGUAUCAGUUGCGCGCCGCUGAGCCGGUGCUGCCAGCAAGCGCGCGUGCGAAGCCCGCGGCGUGGGCCGCCGCAGUGCAGGCCGCGGAGACCGAGGCGCCGCCGAGGUGGGCGGCCCCGCGCGCGCGCAAACAGCGCAAGCCGAGUGGCCGCCGAGGACGCGUGCUCCUUUUCAUCCCCCCCGCCAACAUGCACCGCCGCUGCGGCGAGGGCGGCGCGGGCCCGUCGCCGUUUGAGGCCCGGGGCGCGCCUGGCCUCGGUUUGCGCGCGCGCGCCGCCGCGGCUGGGGGCGCGGCCUCGCAGAGCCCGACGUGCGACGACCUGGAGCAGAUGACCGACGGGUGUAUCUGUCGCCCCUCCAGCAACGCCAUCGCGACGCCGAACGUGCCACGCGGCCCUUGGUCGCCACUCGACCUACCCAUGCGCGAGCAUAACGGCGCGACCGAGAUGAAGGUCGCCCGCGUUGUCGAUGUCAUUGUGGACCACGAGGGCGCGAUCGACUACGACGCGCUGCCGGCGCUGUACCUCAAGGCCUUCCAGGACAAUGAGUUGGCAUCCUUGCCGCCGCCCUUGGGUACCAAAUCUGCGGAUUUCAAGAACGGGAAGACCCAGAUAGCCAUUCUGCCACAGGACAACGGGAAUACCUGCAUCAUCAAGCACUUCGUGUUCAAGGAUAUGAUCAGCACCAAGCACUUUCCGAGCAUCUGCUACGGGCGGUCGCACGUGCCCACAUGGGCUCAUCCAAAGGUUGGCGUAGAGGUCCUCCGGCAGGCGUUCGAGAACAUUGGCGGCUGCCAGUUCGAGUGCUUCUGCCUAGAAGCGAACGCGGCAGUCACGAAAAAGGGGCCCAGAGGCUCCAAGUUCGAGGACGUCGGGGCGCUGAAGUGGACGCUGACGCACAGGUCGAUCAAGACGCUCAAGGAGACCUUCGUGAAGCCCCUCGCGGCGCCCAUGGCCAUCGCGGCCCGCGACGGCCUCGCGAAGGAGCUCUACUCCCGCGUCUUCGACUGGCUCGUGGUCCAGAUUUGCGCGGCCACCUCGGCACCCGAGGGCAGGACGAGUCACUUCGUGGGUCUGCUCGAUAUCUUCGGCUUCGAGUCGUUCGCCAUCAACAGGUUCGAGCAGCUGUGCAUAAACUACGCGAACGAGAAGCUGCAGCAGAAGUUCACCCUGGACGUGUUCAAGGCGGUUCAGCAAGAGUAUCCAAAGGAAGGCAUUCCAUGGGACCGCAUCGAGUUCAAAGACAAUGCUCCACUACUCUCGCUGAUCGAAGCAAAGCUUGGCAUUAUUGCAAUGCUAAACGAAGAGUGCGUGCGUCCAAAGGGGUCGGACGAAAACUUCGUGUCCAAGCUUAAAACAGUUCACCAAGAGGACCCUGCAUUCUCUACACCGAAGCUUGGAGCUGAUAGAGAGCGGCAGUUCACAAUCCGACACUAUGCCGGCAGUGUUACGUACACUACAUCUGGUUGGCUUGAGCGCAACAGAGACACGAUAUCAGAAGAUUUAUUUGCACUUAUGCGCACUUCAUCGAAUCCAGUUGUCGCAAAGGUGUUCAGCGUGGAGGACGGAGCGGAAAAGGUUGAGAGCGCCAGAAAACCAGACACCGUGAUGACUAAAUUCAAGUCGUCCUUGGGGCAGCUCAUGGAGACGAUUGGCCAGACAACGACGCAGUACGUCAGAUGCAUCAAGCCUAAUAAGAACAAGUCCGCGGCAGAGGUUGACAACAUGAUGGUGGUGGAGCAGCUCCGCUGUGCUGGUGUCAUCGAGGCGAUCCGCAUCUCCCGCGCCGGCUUCCCCGCGCGCAUGCCGCUGGCGGACUUCGCGAGGCGUUUCGGCAUCCUGGCGAGGGCCCUGGCAGGCCUCGGCUUCUCCCGAGGAAGACGGGCCCUGGACACCGGCGACGCCUCGGUUGCGUCGUUGGCCGCGGCCGCGAUCCAGGCAGACCCGGGCAAGGACGCGGCGGCCGCCUGCCGCAAGCUGAUGGCCGCCUUCGCUUCCACAGGCGCCGAGCAGUACGUGAUUGGGCGGACGCGGGUGUACUUCAAGAGCGGGGUGCUCGAGGCACCGCCGUCGCCUGACAUCGACGCGGCGGAACAGGCGACCCGAGACCCGCCGCGGGAGUUGUGA